AUCGUGCACAUGGUGCAAGUUGAAUUUUGCUCAUGUUGUUGUGUGAAUGCUUUUCGGAUACGUUUAGGUAUAGAUCGCUGCAUGCCGCAUAACGUUACAGAUGGCGACAACGGAAAAGGACGGUGCUGAUAACCCUGUGGAGGCUCUCACUAGUUAUCGCAAGGAGGCAUAUAGCCAUGGGUCUCCCGCAGAAGGGGGUGGUAUUAAGCCUGUGCUCAACUUUUACAACACGUGGGCAGACAAAUACGACAAGGUAUGUUUAGAAGGAGGCUAUCAAUGUGAUGUCCAUAUGGCUGCCAUGGCAUCUGAGAUCAUCCAUGAUAAAUCUGCAAGGAUUCUGGAUGCAGCCGCAGGAACUGGACUGGUUGGAAAAGAGCUGAAGAAGCUGGGAUUCACCUGCAUUGACGCUUUAGAUCCCUCCAAGGAUAUCCUGGAUAAGUGCAAGGAACACCAGUCCCACAUGGAGUACAUUUGCGACACGCUGGACGAGCAUCGGCUGGACAUUCCAGACAAUCAUUACGAUGCCGUGUUGAUGGCUGGCGCCUUCGGUCUUCCGGGCCACGUUGACGAAUCAUGUUUUCCGGAACUCAUUCGUAUUACAAAGCCAGGUGGGCACAUAAUGUACACAUUGACUGAAAAGGUAUUCGAGCAGGUAGAGAGCAGGAUGGAAGCGGCCAUCAAAGCACUCGCCCAGGAAGGACGGUGGGAAUUCGUGGAAUAUCGCUGGCUGCAGUACUUCUUGAACGAGGAGUUGAAUGAAAAGGCCAAAGUUCCAAUUCUCAGAGUCUUACCAAAGUAAAAACAAUGCUCUGUUGACUACUUGAUCAUGAUCAUUUUGUCAGUGAUAGGCGUUGAUGGUGAGAUAUGAAGAUGCUCAGACCAAAGACCUGAAAUAAGUGUUCAGUGGGUUGAGAUGCUUUUCAUGUCGUUGUGCGUAAUUAUUUUGCAAUUAAUACAAGAUAAUCCACCGGGAUUGGGACACAACUAAAAAAUGAUUGGGCCUUGAUUGAAACCAUCAUCAUGAUUAAGUGCACUCUGCAGACAAGCGCAGCUGCGGUGUUAUUCACGCUUUAUUUGGUAAUCAUGUAUUCAAAAUCCGGUUCUUAAGUGUGACGUCAUUUCAACUGAAACCACGCCCACUGCUCACAGAGAAUAGCAAAGUGGCGUGUUUGGCCAAUGGGGGUUAUACAUGUAGGCCUAAUCAUAUGACGCAGUCACUUACGAACCGGAUACCUCAUAAGGCUGUUACGAUCCGAAAAUCUCCAAACGAUCCGCGGAUGGAAAUUACUUAAAAAGCCUGAAUUUGUCUCAGAUGCAACAAAGAAAUCAAACAAGAUUAUAAUAAAGACAAAGAAACAAU